UGCCAAUAUUCACAGAGGUUGGCUGGCUUGGAUUUUGAUUGCCUCGGGUUGGGCCGGUUUAUACAUGAAUGUAUGUCGCGCAGUCUGGCUUCUACAGCUUUUUCUACCUGUUGUGCAGAAUACUGUCCCAUCUGAGGGCCGCUUGACCCUUUUCAAAAGAACUCGUGAAGAGUUGGCAGGAUAAUUAGUCGAGGAAUAUGCGGGGAGUCAAGACGUGUAAAAACUAAUCACUCGGAUCUUCUUUGAAGUGUCCAAUUACUGUAGGUGUGCGCAUUGGUGUGUUUAGAAUAAGCGUAGAAUUCAAAAGCAGUUGAAUCUAACCUUUCAAUUUGCUUUCAAGCAUGUCACGAAAAAAAAACAACCACUUGAAUUAUCAUCAAAGUCCGCGAUCUUCGUUACACGGGCAAAGAAAGUAGCGUCGUUUUACGCAGUAUGGAUACCGAUCUACCAGACGAUGCAAAGUAUCGUCAUUUUUUCGGUAAUCAAUCGUAAUUCUGAUCACUUGAGAACCGGAUGGGUUUACUCGAUUUCGUGGGAAUGAUGGACAAUUGAGUAACCGGGAACGGCAGUAGGCGACGAUAUUACACGAUUUGGUGUCCUAGUGAUCGCCCACGACACUUAGGGACGGUGUUUUGUGUGUGGCUACUAAAUUUGACCAGCCAAAACGACCGGUGGUCGGCCUGUCGUUCAUUAACUCCCUCAUCCUUGCCGGAUCCCCCUUCUCGGUAUCUGGACGAGCAAGAAGAAGCUGAGAGAUCCUUGGCUCGCACUGGGAACAGUGCGUUGCAGACUUCCCGACCGGCGGGCUGCCAAUAUUUUAGUGGUGUCCCCCCGAUGUGAGUCCGGGACAACAUGCGGUCCACUCAAAGUUACCUUUUUCUCGCUACGGUUGUUUUGUGCAUCGGUCAAUCGAUUCAGGAGAACGCCCAAGAAAUCCAGGAAAGCUUCCAUUUUCGAAGAGCAAUUGACGGCAGUAGAGGAAGAAAAUACUUUAAUCCCGAUGAAGAUGGAUCGUACGAUAGCUAUGACUCGACGAGUGGUGACUACGACUCCAGUCAGGUAGAAUCGGGAUUUUCGGAUAUCAGGUCGAACGUACCAGGUGAACCAGGAGUCAAUUAUCCAACCUACACCAGCGUACCGAAAACGAGAUUCUCCUGUCAUGGUCGGAUGUCGGGUUACUAUGCUGAUGAGGAAGCUGGAUGUCAGGUUUUCCACGUAUGUCACAAUGUGGUGGUUUCUUCGUUCCUCUGCCCAGUCGGAUCAAUUUUUUCGCAAACUCUGCUUACCUGUGAUUGGUGGAAUAACGUAGAAUGUGAAGUGCCCAAUGAUGAUUUCUUUCCACACCAAGAAAUACCUCAAAACGAGGAACAAAUGAUCCAAAAAGCAUACGAAAUGAUGCAACUGCCAAAGCCGAACAGUGGUAGCAGUGAUCAACAAGUCAGAGGAAGACAACUGAACAUUGCGAAAGUUGCAGACAAAGAUAAUGGUAAAACAAACAUCCGUGAAGGAAUUGCAGUAUCAGGUGAAAGAAACCCUCAAAAUUAUCGCCACUACCAUACAGAACAGCCUCCAUUGCAAGAAAAUUCUCGAUUGAGAAAGAAUAAUGACGAUGUUAAUGACGAUCAUACUCCAUCUAAGCAGAAUUUGAUCAAUAUCCGGCUUAGGCCGAAAAACUUUCAGAUCAAUCGUCCGGGCGAAGAUUCCAGAUUAAACGAUCGAGCUAAAGAUUCAUCAGUUAUCUACAUUCAGAAAAAUGUCAACGAUGAUUCUCAGAAUGCUUAUUCAACAUUACGACCAUUUGUAAUACAGGAAAAUUUCCGAAACUCUGAUGAUCACGAUGUUAACAUUUACAAAGAAGAAUUUCAGCCAUCGUAUGCUCCAACUGUUCCAACGGUUACUACAACGACACGAAAACUAUACUCACCCACUGUACCUGUAACUACAUACAGACCUUCUACGACAUCUUACAAAAAUGAUGAUCAAGACUUGGGAAGCUCAGAUCAUCUUUACAUUCACGGUAAAAAUAGUAACAUUUUAACAUCGCAACCAACGGUAAUUUACGAAGAUCUUACACCGGAAAAUAAUAAUUUUACAAAUUCAGUCAUCUUGAACCGUAAAGCGAGUGAAAAAUCAGAUACCGCAGACAAGGAACACCAUGAAAAUGUGGCAAAAUCCGUUAAACCGACGGAAAGUUUUGGAUCGGAGGUACAAGAUACGUACUUGUCAAAUCAUAAAUCGAAUAUUGGAAAUACGAAAGAGGAAGUUGAAAUAGUGCCAUCGAUUUUUAAUUCAGAGUCGUAUAGUCAUGGACAAAAUUAUCAACACUUUUACGCUGACCAGGAUUCCUUAAGUGAGGAAUUCCGGGCACGAGUUACUGGGAAAAGGGAAGGGUUUUUGGUUGAUAAUUACGCAAAUGCUGCGCUGCAAACAGGCUUGGUAAAUGACGGGAAAAAAGAGGACAGUGACAUCUUUAAUUCCCCUGGCAAGAUACCACCCUUGAUUGUUCAACUUCCACGACCUUUGGGGUCAUCAGAUUCGUCUUCUAUCGAUAUUCGUGACCAACUAUUCACUUUCAAUACGUUCAAUAUGUCGCUAGCUCCGAUACCUCAAGCUCCGCAACUGGGAGGAUCGUUAGGAAUAAAUUCUAAGGAUACUAUGAGUGCAAAUGUAACUUCUGAACGACCCAAUAUGAUUCCACUGUUGAUCCCUCAAAAUUCGCCACCUAUGCUAUCGUCAGGAAUACGAUCUCCAGGGGCGAUAUAUGAUGAAAAUACCUCUAAUGAACCACGCAUUUCAACACCUUCGAUUUCGGAAAUUGGAUCAUCAGGGACGGUUAGAGCUGAUGUUGAUAGUAGAAUACAGACUUCUGCAUCAUCCACCAGGAUACCACCUCGGAUUUCUCAAACUUUGGAAGCACCGAGUAGGCCACUUUUGAUCUCGCAAAUUUCACAAUCAGCCGGAUUGCCGGGAGCAGUUUUAACGGAUACUGCUGAUAGACCACAGACCUCUCAACCAUCUGAUACGAUACCACCAUUGAUUCCACAAUCUUUGGAUGCAAACAGCGAUCGAAAUGUGAUUGACGCAUCAACCAGAAUUCCGCCGCUGAUCACACAAACCUCCCAGCCUGCCGGAUUGCCAGGGGUAGAUUUAUCGGAUGUUACUGAUAGUACACAGAAUUCUCAAUCGCCUGAUAGGAUCCCACUUGUAAUUACUUCGUCUAUGAACUCUAAUAACAAUGAAAAUAUCUCCGGUGCGCCAGCUAGAAUUCCUCCUUUGAUCUGGCAAAUCUCACAAUCAGCCGAAUCAGUCAGGAUAGAUUCAACAGAUGUUAUGAAUCGAACACAGAUUUCUCAACCAUCUAAUAGCACAACAUCUCCGAUUCCACAGUCUUUGGAUGGAAAUAGUGAUCGAAAUGCAUUUGACGCAUCAACCAGAAUUCCACCUCUGAUCACACAAACUGUACAACCCACCGGAUUGUCCGAGGGAGGUUUAUCGGAUGUUACCAAUAGAACACAGAAUUCUCAAUUACCUACUAGGAUACCACUUGUGAUUCCUCAAUCUACGAGCUUUCAUAAUAACGAAAAUAUGCCUGUUGCACCAGCCAGGAUGCCUCCUCUGAUUUGGCAAAUCUCACAAUCAGCCGAAUCAGCAGGGAUAGAUUCCACACAUGUCGUUCAUCGAACACAGGUUUCUCAACCAUCUAAUAGCUUAACACCUCCGAUUCUACAAUCUUCAGCUGCAAAUAACGAUAAGAACGUCUUUGAUACAUCAACUAGGAUACCACCCUUGAUCACUCAAAGCUCAGGUGUAGUUUCGGCAGAUUCUGCUAACAGAACAGAGACUUCGAAACCAUUCACCAACAUACCAUCUCUUAUUCCACAAUCUUUAGAUGCGAAUAAUGAUGAAAACAUCUUCGACACAGCCACUAGGGUACCUUCCUUGAUCACACAAACCUCGGGUCUAGUCUCAACGGAUUCUGUUGAUAGAACAGAGACUUCUGAACCAUUCAACAACAUACCACCUCUGAUUCCCCAAUCUUCAGAUGCGAAUAAUGAUGAGAACAUCUUCGGGACAGCCACUAGGGUACCACCCUUGAUCACACAAACCUCAGGUGUAGAGUCAACGGAUUCUGCUGAUACAACAGAGACUUCUGAACCAUUCAACAACAUACCACCUCUGAUUCCACAAUCUUCAGAUGCGAAUAAUGAUGAGAACAUCUUCGACACAGCCACUAAGGUACCACCCUUGAUCACACAAACCUCGGGUGUAAUCUCAACGGAUUCUGCUGAUAGAACAGAGACUUCUGAACCAUUCAACAACAUACCACCUCUGAUUCCACAAUCUUCAGAUGCGAAUACUGAUGAGAACAUCUUCGACACAGCCACUAGGGUACCACCCUUGAUCACACAAACCUCAGGUGUAGAGUCAACGGAUUCUGCUGAUACAACAGAGACUUCUGAACCAUUCAUCAACAUACCACCUCUGAUUCCACAAUCUUCAGAUGCGAAUGAUGAUGAGAACAUCUUCGACACAGCCACUAAGGUACCACCCUUGAUCACACAAACCUCGGGUGUAAUCUCAACGGAUUCUGCUGAUAGAACAGAGACUUCUGAACCAUUCAACAACAUACCACCUCUGAUUCCACAAUCUUCAGAUGCGAAUAAUGAUGAGAACAUCUUCGACACAGCCACUAGGGUACCACCCUUGAUCACCCAAGCCUCGGGUGUAAUCUCAACGGAUUAUGCUGAUAGAACAGAGACUUCUGAACCAUUCAACAACAUACCACCUCUGAUUCCACAAUCUUCAGAUGCGAAUAAUGAUGAGAACAUCUUCGACACAACCACUAGGGUACCACCCUCGAUCACAGUGACCCCGGGUGUGGUUUCAACGGAUAUUACUGACAGAACAGAGACAGCGACUUCUGAACCAUUCAACAACAUACCACCUCUGAUUCCACAAUCUUCAGAUGCGAAUACUGAUGAGAACAUCUUCGACACAGCCACUAGGGUACCACCCUUGAUCACAGAGACCUCAGGUGUGAUUUCAACGGAUACUACUGACAGAACAGAGACAGAGACUUCUGAAUCAUCUGACAGCAUACCACCUCUGAUUCCACAAUCUUCAGAUGCAAAUAAUGAAGAGAACAUCUUUGAUAUAACCACCAGGGUACCACCCUUGGUCACACAAACCUCAGGUGUAGUCUCAACGGAUUCUGUUGAUAGAACAGAGACUUCUAAACCAUUCAACAACAUACCACCUCUGAUUCCAAAAUCUUCAGAUGCGAAUAAUGAUGAGAACAUCUUUGAUACAGCCACGAGGGUACCACCCUUGAUCACAGAGACCUCAGCUGUGGUUUCACUGGAUACUACUGACAGAAUAGAGACAGAAACUUCUGAAUCAUCCAACAGUAUACCACCUCUGAUUCAACAAUCUUCAGAUGCAAAUAAUGAUGAGAACAUCUUUGAUACAGCAACGAGGGUACCACCCUUGAUCAUACAAACCUCGGGUGUGGUCUCAACGGAUUCUGCUGACAGAACAGAGACAGAGACUUCUCAAUCAUCCAAUAGCAUACCACCUCUGAUUCCACAAUCUUCGGAUGCAAACAACGACACGAAUGUGUUUAAUACACCAACCAGAAUACCAUCCUUGAUUCCUGGAACAGUAAAAUCUACGCCGUCGUUCAGUGCACAGAACCCAAGUACUGUCAAUAGUCAAAAUGUUUCUGGAAAACCACCGAAUAUACCACCGUUCAUUUCUCAAAUCCCACAGGGAGGGGAUUCAAUGGUUGUUAUACAUCAACCACAGACUUUGGACGUGUCUACUGUGAUAUCUCCUCCGAUUCCUCAAACUUCUAAAUCUACAGAAAUGCCAGUGACACAAUUUCCGUGUGUGUUUACUGAAAUUAAUAGUGUAUCAUGUAAGAAUCCACCUAUGCUCUCUAAAACUCCAAACUCUUCAAACUCAUCCGACGGUGUUCUAGUGGGCGAUACUGAAAAAGAACAUGUUGCGUCUUCAUCACCAUAUAUACCACCAUUGAUUACUGACGUGCUACAACCUCCAAAGUUACCAGCUAUAGACUUGAUGGAUAUUUUCAAUCGAAGGCCAGCCAUACUUCCAUCAACCGAAGUACCGCCUUUGAUUCAGACUUCAAACGCUCCUGAUCCAUGGACCGUACCGUUGCAUGAUUUAUCCAACCCUUUUCACCCAUCGUUCAGUUCAGCACCAGGAAAGCUCUAUCUAUCUCCAAAGGAAUAUCAGAGGCCCAUGUCAUUUAACUCCAUCCAGAUACCACAGCAGCAACUAGGAGAUCAAUUGGCAAUACAACCUCCGGUGAAACAUCUUACCUACGAUUCAAGUGUGGGGAAUCCGGAAACUAAGAACAGUCAGUUUGCUGUUGUGGAGAGUACCAGCAAGGAAUCAUCAACAACUAGUUAUCCAAAUAUAGCCUCUACUCUAUCUCCUCCUAGAUUUGACAACCCCUUCGUCACCCCGAGCGGAAAAAGUUUAGAAGCAGACACGUCUGACACUCGAGGACCCAUCGCUCAAGGGUUUAUUCCGGCCGGUUAUAACGAGAAUAUACGUUUUCACACAGGCGGAGCUUCGUUAUAUCCUCAGUUUUAUACCAUUCCUUCGACUUUGAUUUCACAAGCUGUUAAGUCAUCAUUAGAUACACAAGGCGAAAAGACCAUCGGGCUGCAAAAUUCACAAUCAGCUGAUGAUUCAACAAGUUUGCUUAGUUCGGAAAUCGUUCCUCAUAACGAAUAUCGGCAAAAUACCAUGGCCAAUGUUUUCAGUAAAGCAACUUCUGCGGAAAGUAAUGUACGUUUUGAAUCUAGCACACCAAAGAAUGUCCUAGAUAUCACCGGUAUAACGACCACGGGGAAAUUUGAUGCAUCAAACAAGGAUAGUGUGCAGGCUCUUCGACCAAACAUUUCAGCUGCUGGCUUGCCGGUGAGCUUGAGCCAAAUAGAAGAUUCGAUCAACAAUAGUAACGAUUUGCCAUACGAGAUUGCCUUCACGAUCAACGCUGGUGAGGACUUUAAUCCAUCGGGAGAUUUCAUAAGUAAACUUCUUGCGCAACAUCAGAAUAACGGAUCGCCUGGUUUCGCUGGUUUGGAAGGUUAUGAAAUCAUUAGGUCUGAUGAUAUUGAAACUUCAGUGAAUGAACAAAAUCUGGAGCCAACGGUAGCACCAACUAUAGCGCCAGCUAUAGCACCAACUAUAACACCAACUCUAGCACCCACUGUUCAAUCAAAUACUGCUGGAGGACGAUUGCUGUUUGAUCCUAGAAUAUCUUUGGAAGAUAAUCAAAGUGGCAAGAGGAUUAUUUUUUCUAAUCCGCUGCUAAGUCCUGCAACUAUAACACGCUCGAAGUCAGUCGGCAAUCGCGCUGAAGAAAUAGACCCAGUUAAAUCGGAAGUUUUACCACGACCAUCCCCCUUUGGAACCGAACAGAGCGUAGCAUUGAAUUCAAGACUAAAUUCGAAAUUUGAUUAUCUUUCCAUCCUCAACCAACCGUCCUCGACGAGCAAUCGUGACGUGAAUCUUUUAGCCCAAGAUAUAAAUGGCUCCUUGGAAGCACUCUUUGCUUCGGCACAGAAGACGGCCGUAACUUCUAUCCCCUCAAGGGAGCAGCUUUUAGAAGAAUUAACGAAGAAUUUUGGACAACCCUACUUUUCGAGUGACACUCACCAAAGUUACUUUACCCCACCCACAACUUCUGCCAAUAUAAAUUACAAAUUUCCGUCAACGUUUGUCAAUCUAGAACAAUAUCGAACCGGAAAGAAAGCCUCUGGUUGGCAGUCGGCUCCUACUAGUCCUGAGCUACCGAAAACUCCAACAACAACAUCAACAACAACAACAACAACAACAACAACGCCCAAGCCCAUCAAGACAUUCGUUGAGACGGAAUUUAUUCCCUCGUUGAGUUUUUCGUUCGACUCUGACUAUGAGCGAAAGGCAUACGUAGAUGCUGUACUGAACGGAUUCGUGACCGAAAAUCAAUUCAUUGACCCCUGGCGCGAUACUGCAAGUACCUACUGGGAACCGAGUCAAACUUGAAAACUCUCAAAUUUUAAUAAUAAGAUAAAGCUGACGUAGCAUUAUAGGUCAAGAUAUGCAUGAGUACCUGUAAUAUAUGGCCUUACUAUACAUAUUAUAUUGAGUGAGAAUUUGUAUAUAUAUAUUAAGUGAGUGUAUACUGUAAUAACGUUUUGUACGAUUCAUGAAAAUUAGAAAUUAACUUAUAUACGUAAAUUCUUAUUUAAGUUUUAUAUUAUUCAUCUUUGAAAACUUCCAGACAGAACGGUAAAGGAAUUGAUGCACUGUACGUGAAAUGACUCUAUAGCAUUGUGUGGUCAAUCACCACGAAGGUAUUUCAAGAUAUUUCAAGUUAUGUCAGCCACUGAAUUGUGUAAAAGAUAAUUACAAAGAAACAUUGAAUUUUUGUACGUGAAAGCUAUGUAUGUUUAUCAAUGCCGAAAAACGUUUACAAUCGUACUGAUUUAAAUUUGUUUUUUCAACGCUGAUCCUCGAUUACGAAUGUUCCCGUUAUUUCGUUCGGCACAUUCUCUGGCAUAUUAAUAUUAUAAUGUUUUCACUAAUUUGUCUUUGAUUUACAUUUCAUUAUCCGAGUAAAGUAUUUAGUAUGGAAUAUUAGCAUCAGUAUUACUACAUAAUAUCAGUUUCCAUCGUAUUCUCAUUGAA